CCUAGAGAGAGAAUCUGACACACACUAACAGGACAAGUGCUGUGCUGUGGACCAUCAUUCUCACUUUAAUUCCCCACAAACACACAAAAGAGUCGCACUCUCGUUUCUCUUUCUCACUGAAUUAUCUUUUAUCGCCUUAAGCCUUCGUUUGAGACUACCCCCUCUCCCCUCUAAUUGCCAUUUUACGUCUCAUUCUGAGAUUACAACUAGGAUUUAUCCAUGAUUACAAGAUUUCAGGAAGAUUCCAGGCAACCAAAGUAACGUCAUGUCACCUCUCUCUCUCUCUCUCUCUCUCUAGCUGCCUUUGGGUUUUUGGAUUUGGGGGUGUUUUAAGGGUUGGAGAGUGUGCUCACAGAAGAUAACAAACGCAAGAGGGAAGCAAUAAUUAGGAACUGGACCAGUGUGCAGGCCGUGGGAGAGGACGAACAUGACCUUGUCGGUUGGUUUAGCAGAGGGUACUCUGAGUGUCAUCAGUCUCUAGCAGUCAUCACUCAUUUUGAGUACAAACCAACCCACCUGUUGCUUUGAUGGAUGGAUUUUAUGGGGUUGGAUGGGUGGUAGGAAACACACCCCACCUCUUUCUCACUUCCUAAUCCUCAUUUUUCCUAACUCAAUACCUUGUCUUCCUUAAUCCAUGCUACAACCAGUUAUUUAUUUCCUUUCAGCUCUAUCAUUCUAGGAUGCUAAUGCUGGUGCAACUCCCUCUUUCAGCUCUUCCAUCUACAAAUUACACUUUCAAUAUCCCAAGGUAAGUCUUGGUCAGCUUUAAAAGGGGCCCAUUCCAUCUCCUGUUCCACUUCUUUUUAUUUUUUUAAGCCUUCUCAGAUUAAUCUGCUGUCCUAAGUUAUCUAAUACACAUUUCGCCAUCCACUGCUCAAACACUUGCCCAUUUCUGGGGUGUAGGGUUGAAAAUUCGAGAAAUGGGUUGGUGGGUUUAGCACCCACAACGUCUAUAUCACAACAAAAAGGAGGGAGAAUUUUUGGGUUAGCUCCUUGAUUAUUUCUUUGAUUAAUUUUUGCUCAUUGCUUAGUUAGAUGGGAUGAAUUAGGGUUGAGAGAGUUACAAAAAGGGUGUAUAUAUACGGCUUGAGAGGGAUGAUGAAGAAGAUGAUGAUGGUUUAAGAAGAGAGAUUAAUAAAGAUAGGUGGUGAAACCAAAGGUUUUAUCUUUAGAACUUGGGGGGUUUAAUGGAACUGAGAGGCCAAGAUAAGGAGAUAGGGAUGCCAAGCUCUUUGGGUUACAGCCCACCCAACAGGGAAUCGCCAUCCAAGGUAUCUCCUGCAUCCAUAGUUUUACCUGUGGGAGACAGAAGAAGAGAUGGAGCUGCCAGUGGUACUACAGUUUUGAGUCCAUCACAAACCCUAGAUCACCAUCACCUUCAUCAUCACCAAUUCAAUCUACAACAACAAACACAACACGGGGAAGUAGGGGAUCCAGACCCAGAUCCAGAUCCUGUUUCAGCUACAAUUGCAGUCUCCGGUGCAACCGCCACACCGAUUACCGGUGGAUCAAAUCCAAAAGUAGCAGCAGCGCCGCCACAUCCACCUCCUCAAUCAGCAGCCUCAAUUCGAUAUAGAGAAUGCCUCAAGAAUCAUGCGGCGAGCAUGGGCGGGCACGUCUUCGAUGGAUGCGGAGAAUUCAUGCCAAGCGGAGAGGAAGGGACUCUAGAAGCCUUGAAAUGUGCAGCUUGCGAUUGCCACCGCAAUUUUCAUCGCAAAGAGAUCGAUGGAGAGUCGCAGCCCACCGCCAAUUGUUACUAUACUUGUAACCCCAACACUAACAGUAGCAGAAGAAAUACAAUAGCUCCUCAGCUCCCUCCAUCGCAUGCUCCACUGCCCCAUCUUCAUCAGCACCAUAAAUACUCCCAUGGUCUAUCGGGCAGUCCAUUAAUGAGCCCAAUUCCACCAAUGAUGAUGGCAUUUGGUGGCGGCGGAGGAGCUCCCGCAGAGUCAUCCAGCGAAGAUCUAAACAUGUUUCAGUCCAAUGUUGGAAUGCACCUGCAGCCGCAGCCAGCGUUUGCGCUCUCAAAGAAGAGGUUUCGAACAAAAUUCUCACAAGAACAAAAAGAUAAGAUGCAGGAGUUUGCGGAGAAGUUGGGAUGGAAGAUUCAGAAGCAAGAAGAACAGGAAGUCCAGCAGUUUUGUUCAGAUGUGGGUGUAAAGAGACAGGUUUUCAAGGUCUGGAUGCACAACAACAAACAAGCCAUGAAGAAGAAGCAACUCUCAAAAAGCUCCUCGCCAGAAAGAGAAAGGGAAAGAAAAGAAGAAACUAACGACAAAAAUUGCACGUAUUUUCCUCUUUGCUUGGUGGUCAUGGACUCAUGGGAGGUAAGUCUCACGUACGAGUCUCUUUUUACUAAGCUACUUUACUACUACUGUACUAUCAUCUCUUGCAUUAAUCCCAUCUGUCCAUUUAAUCGCCAAUUCUUUGGUUCCUUAAAACCCUACCACAUUCUUCUAUCUUUCUCCACAGUCGAAGUGAAACAACCGGACUGCUCCUGUCAGCACACUGGCAUAUGAGCAGACCCACAUUUUCAAAUUUCAAUCCUCCUGCAAGUUCCUCUUUUAAGUUCUGAGUUUCUGUAUUCACUUACACUUUAGAUUUUCAUAGUAUCUUAUGGGUUUUAAUUAGAUUUAGAAACCUGGUUGUUGCACAUGGAGAAUAAGGAAAGGUCAUAAUCAUUUUUCGGCAAUGGGCAAUUGCUCAUACCUGUGGCACACCAUUGUGGUAAGAAUGUGUUCAAAUGUGAGACUAUACUUAAUCCUGAUGACCGAUCAAGAAGUAUAGAUUGAAGCAGACAUUCGUAGCCAUCAAAAGAUGUAAAAUUAGAAAUUAGCACAAUAAAGUGACCAAGCAGAAAAGAGAGGAGACUUAUACUCCUCCAAUAUGUGGACUUCAUGAGUCUAGAGCUUGGAAGGGACAACUCUCCCCCAUAAAAGAAGCGGAAAUCCCUUGUGAACUGGUCAAGGCAUAUAUUUAGCGAUGUAAUUUAUCAGCCCUCAACAAAAUUCAGAGUUAGUAAACUGGAUGAGAAAAGAUGAAGAGUGUAUCAUCUGUGCAAAGAACAAUAUUAGUCAUAUACAGCUAGGGCCUUGGCUAGAAGGACAAUUGGGUAACAAAUGGUAUAAAGAUUGCUAAGAAAAAGACUGUAAAACUGGUUUAACACUGGGUGAAGUUCAAGGAAGAUGGAAGGGUCCCUUAAUAAAGGAAGCAGCAAGGAUCUCAACAUGAAUGAAUGUAUGUGUGUGUGUAUAUAUGUCUGGAUGUUGGCUCGGCUUUAGUUGUGAGAAAAUGCAAGAGACCGGAUUACAAUUGAGCAAAUAUGAAUCUUAUGGUAGUCUGACAGUUACACAUUUCUCUAGUUAUAAGUUAUCACCCUUGGAUCGAGAGGCUUUUUGAUACAUGCUCCCCUUAGCAGUUACCUGAACAUUGGUCGCUGGCUGAUGGACAAGGCAGGAUGUCAAAUCCUUCAGCCCAUU